CUCACCUCCAAUCCACCCGGACUCGCCAUUUUCAUACCACCCACAAAUCCACCAAGGCCACUCUCAACAAGUAUUCAUCAUGGAACAUUCUACCAUAUCUCAGGGAUCCCCUCACCUGAAGUCUUCACCUCCACCAGCAGUGCACCAGACACUUCCCGAGACAGAAGUCCAACCCUCAAAAGAACGCUCUCCUGAAAUUCCAACUGGCUCCAAUACCGGAAUGCAACUCGACGAUCCAACAGAUGUUCUCAGUCAGCCUGCACAUCAACAAGACUUCCAGCUUUUUCCCGAGAACGUCAGUCCGCAGCUCGCAAUAGGUGCAUUGACGGAGCGCUUGAUAUCGAUUUCUGCAAGUAGAGACGAGAUCCAACGUCAUCAUGGAGAGAUCAACCGUAUCCAGCAAGAGCACAAAGACACGCUACUGGGACUACUCAAAGAGCAAAUGGAGCAGACCAAGUACAUCUUCGCUGCAAGACAUGUCAAGUCCGCGGAUCCUAGCAUUCGAGACUCGACGAUACUUGACCUUCAGUCGUCUGCUGCUCAAAUAUCAGGAGGGGGCCCCAGUCAAGAGACAGAUUUUGUCAAUCACGAGGUGGGAGCGAAAGUUGUCAAGGCUGGAGGUAAUCGCCAUCCGCCCCAACCUGGACAAUUGCAGAGAAUGAUCGUCUCGCAAGACAGUCAAAUACAGGCCCCUUUGCCUUUCACUCCUCUCAACACCGUCUCUGCCCCUAAGCGUAGUCCUCCUUCUGCUGGCUAAUAUCUUCCCUAAAAACGCAGGC